UAUAUAUAAAUGAUGUCAGAGUAACUCUUAUUACAGACUCUCCAGUGGCAAACCACAAACAACAUCCACAAGUUGCGGUGGUGAUGGUGCCACUGCCGGCGCAGGGCCACCUGAACCAACUCCUCCACCUCUCCCGCCUCGUCUCUGCCGCCGCCAACAUCCCCGUCUACUACGUCGGCUCCGCCACCCACAUCCGCCAGGCCAAGCUCAGAGUCCACGGCUGGAACCCUUCAUCCGCCGCUAACCUGCGCUUCCACGAGUUCCUGACUCCCUCAUUUCAAAACCCCGCACCAAACCCUAAUUCCUCCACCAAAUUUCCUUCACAAAUUCUCCCUUCUCUCUCCGCCUCCACUAAUCUCCGCCACCCACUCCACGCAUUCGUCGCCGGAAUCUCGAUCGAGUACAGUCGAACAAUCAUCAUAUUCGAUUCACUAAUGUCUUACGUAGUGCAGGACAUGGAUUCCAUACCAAACACCGAAUUGUACUGCUUCGUCAGCAUUUCAGCUUUCACUUACUAUUCAUUCCUCUGGGAAACCGCCGGAAAACCCGAUUUACCGGCCGGAGCAGCAAAAUUUCUCAAAGAAAUACCCGGCCGGGACGAUUUUUUCACUCCAGAAUUUUCAGAUUUCUCCACUUUGCAGCGUAGCUCCAGGAAAAAAAUCGCGGGAAACAUUUACAAUUCCAGCAGAUUAAUAGAAGGCACGUACCUUAAUCUACUCGAGCAAGAAAAGGGGGAGAAGGUAUGGGCUAUAGGCCCGUUCAACCCAACUGUAAUCACAACAACCGAUCAGGAAAAAGUACUAGAUUCAAGAAACAGACACGAGUGUUUGGAUUGGCUCGAUAAACAAGAACCGAAUUCGGUGAUAUUCGUUUCGUUCGGUUCUACGACAAGUUUAUCAGACGAGCAAAUUCAAGAACUUGCGAUCGGGCUCGAAAGAAGCAGUCAAAAGUUCAUAUGGGUAGUGAGAGAAGCAGACAAGGGAGAUAUCUUCGAAGGAGAAUCAAGAAAAGCCGAAUUGCCAAGAGGGUUCGAGGAGAGAGUGUCGAAAAGAGGAAUUGUUGUGAGGGAGUGGGCCCCACAGCUGGAAAUUCUCGGCCAUUCUUCGACGGGUGGAUUUAUGAGCCACUGCGGGUGGAAUUCUUGCAUGGAGAGUAUAAGCAUGGGUGUACCAAUGGUGACGUGGCCGAUGCAUUCGGAUCAGCCGAGGAACGGGUUUUUAGUGACGAAAGUGCUGAGGGUUGGUGUGGAAGUUAGGGAUUGGGGGUGUUUUCGGGAUAAAGUGGUUUCGUCGGUAAUGGUGGAGAAUGCUGUGAGGGUAUUGAUGGAAAGUGAAGAAAUUAGGAAAAGGGCUGAAGAAUUGGGAGCUGCUGUGAGGAAUUCUUUCAUGGAAGGUGGAAGUGGAAGCAAUGAAAUGAAGUCUUUUAUUGCACAUAUUACUAGAUAAUUUGAUUUUCAUUUUGUAUUAUUAUUAUUAUUAUUAUUAUUAUUAUUAUGUUUGGAAUU